AGAGGAAUAGGAAGUGAGCCGCAGAGGGAGGAGCUGAAGGCUGAAGUUUCAUUUUCUCCCAGCACUCACUCACAAACAUAAAGCUGCGUUGAGAGGCUUCCACUGACAUCCACUUACAGCUGGUCAUGGACUUCAUAGAGCCCAUCCUGUCCAUCGCCACAGAGAUCUACACCCUGGUGGAGAAUGUGAAGGCCAAUAAGAAGCGCUGCCAGCGUGUUUCUGAGCGAGUCAAAGCCCUGGUAGAGCUGGUGAGGUCCAUCAAACAGAGAGACAAGGAACAAAUCUCUGCCGACAUAAAGAAACCUCUCGAGGAACUCUGUAUCACUCUGAAAUCAGCACAGAAGCUCAUCGAGAAAUACACUAAGGCCAGCUGGGUAAAGCGCGUCCUGAACUCGGGCAGCCACGGAGACGAGUUCAACAGCGUGAACGAACGUCUCAAUGAUGCCUUUCAGGUCCUGUCUGGAGCUCUGCAGGUGGAGCAGGGGAACAUGUUGUACAAGGUGUUUGAGUUUACCUCCAGACAGAAACAAGACGAGGUGGACGGGAGGCAGGACGACAAAGAGCUGCAGGAAUUGCUCCUGGAACACAUGGUGAGGCAGCAGGAAGAAUUCGAACAACUCAGAAUGAGCGUGGAAAAGGUUGUGGAGAUCUUGAAUAAGCCCAGCAUCACUGAUCAAGACAUUCGGAUAAUCAAACCAGACGAGCUGAAGUACGAACAUCCCAAAAAACCCUUCAUGACAACAGGAACCUCAGAGGUCUACAGGGGAGAGUUCUGUGGGUUCCAGGUGGCCAUCAAGAGAUACACUGACCCUUUGAACACCAGCCUGAGUGAGGUGAAGUCUGUUUUCAAUAAGGAAGUUGAAACCAUGAAGCGGUUUGAGUCGCCCAACAUCCUGCGAAUGUUUGGCAUCUGUGUCCAGGAGGAGGAAGGUUCCAGCCCUCAGUUCCUCAUCAUCAUGGAGUACUGUGAGAGGGGAAGUCUGCGUCAGGUUCUGGACUCUAACAGCAAACUGUCCUGGACCAGGAAAGCUCGUAUGUGUCUGGACGCAGCCAAAGGACUCUAUCGGCUGCACCAGACAGAAGAGAAAUGUAAGGUUCACGGAUGCAUCAACAGCAGCAAGUUCCUGGUGGAUGAAGGCUACACAGUCAAGCUGGGAGGUUUUGAGCUGGCAAAAACCGAGACGUCGCUGAAGAAGUCGCUGAAGAAGUCGUCGAAGGAGAAAGAGAUCGGGUCCCUGUGCUACUCCACUCCUCAAAAGCUCAGCAACAUCAACUACAAGUACAGCAAAGAGUGUGAGAUCUACAGCUUUGGGAUCGUCAUGUGGGAAAUUGCAACCCGUAAGAGACCUUUUGAAGGUUUGUCGAGUCAGGAUAUCUAUCAGAAAGUGUUCCAAGAGAAAUAUAAGGAGCCGAUCCCCGACUGUCCUGAACCUCUGGAAGAGCUGAUCAACGCCUGCCGGGCCUACGAUACUUUCCAGAGACCGUCUGCUGGAGUGCUGGUGGAUAAGCUGCGCAACGUGGUGACAAACUUAGAGGAGUGAUCAAACUCUUCAUCCCUCGGGCGUUUCUGUCAUCCUCAGGAGGAGAAAUACUGAAACUAAACUACACCGACAACUAGGUUUACUGUAACUCUUGUAUAAACGUCUCACACUGUUGAAACCAGGGACCUUCUCAUGGAUCUGCGUGGUGUGUUGUUUUGUGAAAGGUUCUGGCGUCGGUUGAUGGCUGAUUUGUAAACAGCGAGCAAGUUAGUAGCAUGGAGCUAACGGUCCAAAUAAAAUAUAGGAACAUUGCAGAUAGUAACGUUAUUCUAAAUAUGAUUGUCAGUUAUUUUACAGCGUUCAGUGUUUGUCUCUGUUGGCUGCAGUUCACUGAACGACCACUGGUGGCGCUGUUAGUAACGGUUUAAUUAAAGUUACAUAUUGAACCUUUAAGUAGCUUGAGACGAAACAGAUGUGAUGAAUCGGGACUGAGCGCAGUGUGAACGCAGCCUUUUAUGGAGCAUUUAACUGUCACACAUGUACAAACCUUUUACUAACACGUCUCUUAUAAACUGUCAAUGACGGCAACUCUGAAAAUGCAACAACUGAAAAUACCUCCACCCAGUGGUUAACACUCAGUGUUACAACUAAUUCUCCUUUUGUUUCCUGAUUUUUAAAAACUGUUAAAAACUACAAAUCUUUGAGUCUUUAUGUUUACCAGGACCACAAAUUCUGGUGUUUCGUGCAACGUCAGUGCUGAUGUUUAAAUCCUAAAAUAUGAACAAAUAAAGACAAUAAACAAACUGAAA